GGCAGAUGGUACAUGAUUGUGAUGGAGAUGAUCACAGAUGAUUACUGUUGUCUCGGGGAAUCUCCCGUUCCUUACCCUCAUCACGAUGCACUUGCUACGGGACUCCGAUCUCUUCAUCAAGAAAGUUAUGUUCAUGGAGACAUUCGGAACACAAAUGUUAUGGUCAAAAAGGACCACAGCCCUGGAUUCAAGUUGGUUGAUUUUGACUGGUCCGGGAUAAUAGGCGAAACCCGAUACCCAAUGAACGUAUAUUGA